GUGGGGGAGGGGUUGGCCGGCCCAUGGUGAUGCUGGCUCGCCCACAGCUCUUGGAACUCUUCUCCCCACACACACAUUUUGUCCUCCCUCCCCCAACCCCCCAGCCCAUCCCCACUCUCCCAAAGUCAGCAAUACCCUCCACUGCUUCCCAUCGCCAUGGCAACGGUGCAGGAGCCGGGCCUGGUGUGGGGGGGGAGGGACCAAACCAGACAUUCUGGUUUCCGGUGCUGGGUUGUGAGCCGGGGGAUACGAUGAGCCAGGUGGACCCCAUUGGGGACCCACUCUCCUAAGGCCACUUCAGGGGAGAAGAAUAGGGAUUUGGAGAUGACCUCUCACCCUGGUCCCCCAGACCCUCUUCCCACUCCUUAGUUUCCCUCCCAGCCCCCUCCAUCUCCCUCAGAGUGGGGCCACCAGUACUAGACAGUGCUGAUCCACCCACCCUGUAGUGCCAGUCCUCAAACAUGCCCACAGGUCAUCUGCAGCCACCCCGCAUUGACCCGGGCCACCUGGACAGCCCUCGCAGGGCCAGCCUCCUCAGCCACCUACACACCCUCUUAAGAUGCCCCCAACAACCUGCAUAGGCCGCUUCUUGUGGUUCCCUCGGGUACACCCCAUGCAUGAUUCUUUGCCCUGUGACACCCCAUUCGGUGCCCUGGCUCCCUGGGCCACUCAUUCCCCAGCCCUCUUCACAGGUUGUCAGGUGAAGUCACGGGCUCCACCCGCUCCAGGUACCACGAGGGCUCCUGCUCCUGCUGCUCUAGGCUCAUGGCACCUCCCUCUCCCUCUUACAAUAUCUCAGCGCCCCCCCCCCCCCAGCUAUCUAGGAGGAAGAUGGGAGGGCCUCAGGUGAGGGGCCAGGCUGGGGCCAGGAGGGCAGGAUGCCGGUGAGUCGUCCACCUGUCUGUCCUCAGCUAAUUUUAGCUGCAUUUUUCCUGGCCUGGCAAAGUGGGCCAGUAGCUCCCGCGGUGAUUCUGCGGUUUCUGGGACACUGCCACGCUGGGUCAGCGGCAAAGUGGGGCGCAGGAGGGGCGGGGACUCGAGCAGGGCCAAGGGCAGGGAAGGAGACAUGUGCUGGCAGCAUGGCAGGGCUGGGGUUGUGUGUGCAGGAGGCCGCAGGAAUGUCUGGGGGUGUGUCCCUCCAGCCUCCUUCCUGCCUACCUCAGGCAAUGAGGGGCUGCUGCCUCUGACCACCGGUCCACUGAGUAUGUCUGUGGCCUCUGAGGGCUUGGGGCUCCUAGUCUGACAGCCGCCCUUGGCCCCAGCAGCUGCCUGUGAUGCUGCCGUCCCCCGUCGCCCCGUGGCCCCACGAUGACCCACAGCCCCGCCUCAAGCGAGGACGAGGAACGCCACAGUGCCAGCGAGUGUCCCGAGGGGGGCUCAGAGUCCGACAGCUCCCCAGACGGGCCUGGGAAAGGCCUCGGGGGGAUCCGGGGCCAGGGCAGCGGGGCACCUGGUAGCCUGGCCUCGGUCAGAGGCCUCCAGGGCCGCUCCAUGUCUGUCCCGGACGACGCCCACUUCAGCAUGAUGGUCUUCAGGAUUGGCAUUCCGGACCUGCAUCAGACAAAAUGCCUGCGCUUCAACCCUGAUGCCACCAUCUGGACAGCCAAGCAGCAGGUGCUCUGUGCCCUGAGCGAGAGUCUACAGGAUGUACUCAACUAUGGCCUGUUCCAGCCGGCCACCUCGGGCCGGGAUGCCAACUUCCUGGAGGAGGAGCGGCUGCUGCGGGAGUACCCCCAGUCCUUCGAGAAGGGGGUGCCCUACCUGGAGUUCCGGUACAAGACCCGAGUUUACAAACAGACCAACCUGGAUGAGAAGCAGCUAGCCAAGUUACACACGAAGACGGGGCUGAAGAAAUUCCUGGAGUAUGUGCAGCUGGGGACCUCCGACAAGGUGGCACGGCUGCUGGACAAGGGGCUGGACCCCAAUUACCACGACUCAGAUUCAGGAGAGACCCCCCUGACGCUGGCUGCCCAGACUGAAGGCUCCGUAGAGGUGAUUCGAACCUUGUGCCUGGGUGGAGCUCACAUCGACUUCCGGGCCCGGGAUGGCAUGACAGCCCUGCACAAGGCUGCGUGUGCCCGGCACUGCCUCGCUCUUACGGCACUCCUGGACCUUGGGGGCUCCCCCAACUACAAGGACCGCCGGGGGCUGACCCCUCUGUUUCAUACGGCUAUGGUGGGGGGUGACCCCCGCUGCUGCGAGCUGCUUCUGUACAAUAGGGCCCAGCUGGGCAUAGCUGACGAGAACGGCUGGCAGGAGAUCCACCAGGCCUGCCAGCGGGGUCAUUCUCAGCACCUGGAGCACCUUCUCUUCUACGGGGCUGAGCCUGGAGCCCAGAACGCCUCGGGGAACACGGCCCUGCACAUCUGUGCCCUCUACAAUAAGGAGACUUGUGCUAGGAUCCUCCUCUAUCGGGGGGCCAACAAGGAUGUGAAGAAUAACAAUGGACAGACCCCCUUCCAGGUGGCAGUGAUCGCUGGGAAUUUUGAGCUGGGGGAGCUGAUCCGAAACCAUCGAGAACAGGAUGUAGUGCCCUUCCAGGAGUCCCCCAAGUACGCGGCCCGGCGACGGGGACCCCCAAACGCCGGGCUCACGGUGCCCCCCGCGCUGCUGCGGGCCAACAGUGACACCAGCAUGGCCCUGCCUGAUUGGAUGGUGUUUGCUGCCCCGGGAACCUCGUCCACCGGGGCCGCUGGCGCUACCUCAGGGCCCCAGGGCCAGUCGCAGCCCUCAGCCCCCAGCACCAAGCUCAGCAGUGGGACCCUCCGGAGUGCCAGCAGCCCCCGGGGUGCCCGGGCCCGCUCCCCAUCUCGAGGGAGGCACCCCGAGGAGGCCAAGAGGCAGCCCCGUGGACGGCCCAGCUCCAGUGGGACGCCCCGGGAAGGGCCGACUGGGGGCACCGGGGGCUCCGGGGGGCCUGGGGGCUCCCUGGGCAGCCGUGGGAGGCGCAGGAAGCUUUACUCAGCAGUGCCCGGACGAUCCUUCAUGGCCGUGAAGUCCUACCAGGCCCAAGCCGAGGGGGAGAUCUCCCUGAGCAAGGGCGAGAAGAUCAAAGUGCUUAGCAUCGGGGAAGGAGGCUUCUGGGAAGGUCAGGUCAAAGGUCGCAUCGGCUGGUUCCCCUCUGACUGCCUGGAAGAGGUGGCGAACCGCUCCCAGGAGGGAAAGCAAGAAAGCCGCAGUGACAAGGCAAAGAGACUCUUCCGGCACUAUACCGUGGGCUCCUACGACAGCUUUGAUGCCCCAAGCGAUUACAUCAUUAAGGAGAAGACGGUAUUGCUGCAGAAGAAGGACAGUGAGGGGUUUGGGUUCGUGCUCCGGGGGGCCAAGGCGCAGACCCCCAUCGAGGAGUUCACCCCCACCCCGGCCUUCCCGGCACUGCAGUACCUGGAGUCUGUGGACGAGGGUGGUGUGGCAUGGCGCGCCGGACUGCGAAUGGGAGACUUCCUCAUCGAGGUGAAUGGGCAGAAUGUGGUGAAGGUUGGCCACCGACAGGUGGUGAACAUGAUUCGCCAAGGGGGCAACACGCUGAUGGUCAAGGUGGUGAUGGUCACCAGGCACCCGGACAUGGACGAGGCUGUCCACAGGAAAGCACCGCAGCAGGCUAAGCGGCUCCCGCCCCCAGCCAUCUCCCUGCGUUCCAAGUCCAUGACCUCAGAGCUGGAGGAGAUGGUCUCCCCCUGGAAGAAGAAGAGUGAGUAUGAGCAGCAGCCUGCGCCAGUGCCCAGCAUGGAGAAAAAGCGGACCGUGUAUCAGAUGGCGCUCAGAAGUUAG